CAUAUUUCCGAGUCCAACACCAACCGGCAAAAAUAAUUGUGUUGUCCUACCUAGGCCACGCCACGCCAAGCCGUAGCCUAGUCUGUGCACACAAUAAUUGCCACUAAUUUGUGGAAAGCAGACUAAACGGCUCGGGUGUUGUGUUCUGUAUGGUUGGCAAUAGCGGUGGAAGUACUACUACAGUACUAGCACUAGUACUAGUAACGGGAGCUCGCCCCAUCUGGCUUGGGCAGUGGCAUAGGCUGUGAAAGGCAAUGUCUUUGGCCGACAGACAGCAUCGCUAUGAUAGGAACCAGCCGAAGCCAAAGGCAAAGGAGGAGACGUCCAGUCGAUGGUCAUGCUGUGGCUGCAAUGGGGAGCUGGUGGAUGCCAGGUUAUUGCCUUGCUUACAUUCAGUUUGUAUCAAGUGCAGGGUCGCUGGCACAGCAAGGGACAAAGAUGAAUGUUUCACCUGCGGGACAUGUGCCUACAUCGUCGGUCCUCGCCAAAUGGACACUCUGCAAGUGGACUAUUUGGCACUGGACUAUGUGGCGUUGCAGAAACUGCGUAAUCCACACCAGUCCAACAACUGCGGAGAGUGUAUAGAUGCGGAAAUAGCCAGCCAUCGCUGUGCAAGUUGUAGUCAGUUUCUGUGCACUUUCCAUGAAACAGCUCAUAGACGUAGCAAAGCUACUCAUGAUCAUAAAACCAUUCCUCUCAGCCAACUCCAGUCAUCCAGCGCAGCAACUGCUGAUGAUGGAAAGGUAUCCGUUGAUAUUGCUGAACUGGCUGUAGCACGCAGUCCAUUGAUGUGCGUCCACCACAAACAGAAAGAACUGGAGUUGUAUUGUGAGAGCUGUUCUCAGUGUAUAUGCAGAGAUUGUGUAUUGGUGGAUCACAAAUUGCAUGCAUACAUGUUCAUACCAAACGCCAUCGAAAGAAUGAAGAUGUGGCAGGAUGUUCCACAGUUGGACCACAUGGUGACACAGUUUCAAGCCACACUGACGAGCAUCGAGUGGUCCAAGGAGACUCUCGCCACCAAUUUCCUUGCAACGAGUCAGAACAUGGAGAAAGCUGCCAUUGAAGCCAAGCGGCUUGUUGAUGUUCGACUGAACGAGCUCCUUUCAGACGUGGACAGAGUUUACCAAAAGAAGAGCAUUGCUCUGGAGAAUCAAGAGAUAGCAUUGAAACGACUGCAGGAGAAUGUGAUGUGUGCGUCAGGAUUUGCAAAGUCAAUGGAGGAAUGUGCCAGCCCAUCGCAACGACUUAUUCUGAACGGCUUUGUGGAUGCUCGCUUGAAGAGCUUGCUGCAUGCUUCGCAAAAAGAGUCCUCCCUCGCCCAUGAUGACGGAUCUUUAUCAGCAGUGCUUGAUCUCUCUGAUGUAAAGGAUUCUCUGAAGCAGUUUGGCUGUGUCACGUCCACAGCCACAAGUGGAGAGAGUAGCCUGCGUCUUCCCACUAACUGCUAUACUGGCCAACCCGUCACAGCCACUGUCAACCUGGCAGAUGCAAGCGGACACCCCACAUCCAAUAUCAACAGCGGUGCUAUCAGCUGCACAGUUUCUGCUCCCGAUGGCAGAGUUCGAAAAGUAAUCUGCGCUACUGUUGAGAGCUCCAAAGCCAUUUUCAACUUCAUCCCCGCGUGUGGACCAGGCAAAUACGCUGUGAAUGCUACCAUUGCUGGCCUUCCUGCUAAAGCUUCGCCAGCCAUUGCCAAUGUGUCGAAACCACCAUGGAUCUUCGGCCACACUUCCAAAUCAUACACACUCCGCCAGAGCCAUGGAGUUAAAGAAACCGGCAUCCAGCUGUCCUUGACUGGGCUUCACGCUAAAUUUGAGGAUGAGGAGCAAGCGGGAAGGAAUCAACGAAGACAGGGUGCGUGGAUGGCCUACGGAAACCAGCAGUACGGAACAGACGCACCACAAAGGCUGAUCGCUGCAGCGAAGGCGAUACCCAAAACGAUCAAUGGACCUGCGAUCAAGUGGCAUAUCAAGUUUGAAGUGCACAAUGUCGGCAAUGGAGAAGAGAUCUCAGACCCGGCAAUUGGCGUUGGGCUCUUGGUGAACGAAAAAUCAGAGGCAAUGAAGGCAUUGGUUAGAAGUAACACCCGAAAUGACUUCGAGACCUAUGCUGGCAGUGCUGUCACUCUCUUCUCGUCAGGCAAUGCUAUGUGUGGCAAGGCGACUUGCUACAACCCACAUCGUGGCGGACCUAAUACCGAUGGUGGGGAUGCUGAGCCAGACUUCAAGUUUCGCAAUGGUGAUCAACUGACCCUGGAGUAUAUCCCUGAACGUGACUUUCUGGUCGUCACCCAACCACACGGCAAUGUGAAGUACGUAGUUGACCUUCUGACUCCGUCUAAGAAGGUCCUGCCACUUGACAGUGACAUCGACAUGGCAUUCAAGUCACGUCAUCUGCCAGAACAGUAUCAUAAUACGUUAUUGUCGUCAGAGCACGUUUUCGAAGAGUCUGACAUUCACUAUAGUUACGCAGCUGGGACUCAACCUUCACGUUCUCAGCAGUUUGGUGUGAUUUCAAGCAUCUGUCCAGCUGUGUGGCUGUCAGCCAAAUUUAGCGGCGAUGUUCACCUGUCGUUUCCGGCUGAUUAGUGUAACUCAGUUGCUCAGCUAGUGCCGGUCAAACCCACGCCAGGAUGUUAGGACCUCUGUCUUUGAAUAUCACUUUAUAUAAUUGUCCAGAUUAUCUUUGUGCUUUGCCCUUAUCACCGUGACUGCUUCCCUUGAUACGACACGCUGUCACAUGUGCAAUACUCUGUUUUUUAAACACAGAGCUCACGAUCACAUUAUAGUGUUUGGAGUAAGAAUGCAAUUGGAAAGAUGGCUGCUCCCACAUUGGAGCUCCCGAUUCUCCGCCGACUAGACUUGAGAUUUGACUGACUCACGACUGCCACCCAGAGUACAUGCGGCUGCACGUGACAACUGGAACUUUUGUUGCUAAAUGCUUGUGAUGUGUGAUACCUGCCUGGCACCCACAACAUUCUGGUGAGUGCAAUCCCGCUUUUUUGCCAUUUUUCCUCAACUAGAUAUUUUUUUGAUAGGAUUGCUGACCAGUUGGAUCAAUCACUUCUAAUAGAGUGUGAAUCCGUUGGCAUCAGUCUCAGUGUACAUUUGCUUGCUCUGGACUGGCGCGGUAUUGCUGCUAGACUCUCUGUCAGUAAUGUUGUUGUUGAUUUUUAUUUUACUUCGCAAGGCCAAACGGGCAAUGGUGCCCAAUUCUAUGGAAGCGAAUUAACACAGCGCCACACAGUAGAACCCCCCCCCUCCCCCCGCAUGACAUGUGGUUCCUUGGCGUAUUGUUUUGCUUUGCCUGCUGUCUGCCGCCUGCUACAUACCCUGAAUGGUUUCAACUCAAUUACAAGAAGUAUAAAAUUUGCUUUGCUCUGCAUAUACUGUACUGUUAUCUGCCACAAUAUUCUUCCUUUGUUCUCUUUUUCCUUCAUGUAAACACCUGCCUUUCUUUCACUAAAUGUUCAAAGCUUCAGCUUGGGUUUAAUUUGGCCAAAUUGAAAUUAUUGUGUAAGCACGCAUCCACAUGGUCCAGAUAUAAUAAUGUAGAUACUUUCAGCUUAUUCCCUUGCAUUAUUUAAAGAAAAAGGAGUAUAGUUUCAUGCCUCUGUUAACGCAAUUCCGAGAGAACUCACUUCGCCUGCUUACAUCAAGAAUAGCCCAUUGCAUCUAAGCACACAUCCA